GGGACGGAUACGGUGUUUCGCCACGGAAAAACGGUAUUCCAUGUGCUGCGAUGGCAACGGGAAAGCAAUGCAGCCCUCGCAGAAACACAAGCAAUCUAAAUAUUUUGAGUCGUUAAAGCUCAGGAGUAGUCAGUCGGAACUGGCGCCCAUUAUUCCGCCACUGAAUGUGUCCCCCACCACGGGAACGUCACCGCUGCUGUCGCCUACACUGUCAUCGUCGACGGCCGCAACAGCCGCAACAGCCGCAACAGCAGCAACAGCAGCAACAGUGGAGACAGAGUCUUCCAUAGAGAGGAAACCGACAAUCACUCCGUUGCAGAGCCCGUUCCAGGGCCAGUCCAACAAGUCGUCCUCCACGCUUUCUCCGUUGCACUCGUCGAUGGCCGUAGAUCGAAUAGACUCGAGCCCACUACGUUUACACUUGCAGACAGACUCCAAUGGCCCCGUGUCGUCUUCUUCUUCUUCGACGCUGCAGAACCGGUUUGUAUCCUCUUCUCCGGCCUCGAAAAGCCACACUCCCUCUCCCCCAAAACGCUUCUCGAAACACCGCCUAAACAACACUGAAAACAUAAACUAUACCCUCAAUGCUAACUUGUCUCCUCCAGUAAUAUCCCGUUUGGUUUCUUCAUCGCCGACGAAAACAAUCGUUGGCGGGGCUUCCCCAACUUCUCCGAACAUUAACAUAAGCCACUCUGACAAUAGUGAUUUCGUCAACAAUAAUGACCACCAUUUGUACGAUGAUUCUCACCAGUUGGAUGUUGAGUUCUUUGAUGACUUAUCACUCUUGGAAAAUAAUGAGACUCAAAUAUCGUUUUUCAAAGAGCCAAUGCUUUCUCCGGUGCAGACCGAUAAUAAGGCCUUGUUUGAAUCGCCAACGACCACCAUUUUCAGGAAAAGAUCACAUCAGCUUUUCUCCCCAAUGAAAGAUAACAAAACAUCAUUUGUGAAUAUGAGCCAGCUUCCCUUAGAUAUGAAAAUCAUAUGCAACUCCAGAGCAGAAAAUAAUUUCCACACGAUGAACGGAUUUGUUAACGUAAGUUACAUGGAAUUCUGGAAUUUGACUUCAGAAGAAGGCAAGACUUACAAGGAUUGGGAUAAGACCCAGUUUGAGAUACAAUCUUUGGUUUUUGAAAUCUUCACAAACUUGAAAAAAAUAAGAUUUAAUUUGCACAGGUUGAUUUUCAUCUACGGGCUCGAAUUCAAAGAUACUGGGUUCAUCUCUGACAAUAUCUAUGAUAAAACUUUCGAAGUUCUCCAGGAGUUCUAUUACUAUUUAGACAAACUCGUGGUUAAAAAAUUAAAGCCUUUGUUUGAUGAUCAUUUUUUUGUUGAUGACGCUCAAGUGCUAAAAAUCUUAGCCGGCUGGUUUAAGCAACUCAAAUUGCAAUAUCGUCAUAUUUCUGGUUCCGUUGUCUAUUUGUCAAAAUUGUCUUCUAACGAAGAUGUGAGAAAACUUAUCAUUGGAAUUUCGAAAAAAGACCUUGAAAAUUCCUCAAAUAGAUCAGCCGUUUCUCCAAUCGAGCUGUUCAAUUCUUACUUCGUGAAAUUAUUUACUUCAAUUGAGCUCUUAUUCGACAGAUUGAAGUCUGUUUACAAAGGAGCCAACUAUAUAAAGAAUUUUGACGUCACUGAUGAUUUGCAGCAAGUUAUCAAGGAAAUCAAUAAUAUAAGUGAUUCUACUUCGGAAUUGGAGAAAAAGAUAAGCUUUAAUGAAAAGUUGUCAUAUAAGACUGAAAUAGAUUUCUCCCAUAUGGAAAUGGUUGACAUGUUCAAUGUGAAACGAAAGUCAAAGGAACCUUUGCAUUUAGAAAUGAAAAGCAAUUUGAAUUGGACACAAGCGAUACUAGCGCCUUUUGACAAUUAUUUGGUCAUCUUGCAGGUGAAAUCCAAUGCAAUAAAUUUGAAUAAGAAAGAUGAAUACGUCUUAUGCAAAUAUCCCAUCUCCAUCCAAUAUCUAGAGGUAGAUACUUAUGUUGAUGGAAACUAUAAGAUGGUAAUCAUCAAAGACAUAGGAAAUAAAGCAAUCUAUCAUUUUCGUCGAGCGAAUGACAUUACAGUGGCAAUUUUGGACCGCUUUUUGAAAGAUUUGCACAUUUUGAAAGCAGAUUUCUGGGCACAAGGUAAGUUAAACAAGAAAAUCGAGUUGAAAAUUUUCAAUGCUAACUCUUUUAUUUCUAAAUCUGAGAGCUAUGACCCUUUCAAUUUAGCUCCAAUACCAGACACGUUCAACUUAGUAAACCUUGAAGUUUCCAAAGGAGGUAAAGAUAAUGAAUUGAACCUCGAUGAGUUUGAACCAAUUUUGACCAAUGUGUUGAGUUGUGACUAUUUUUCAUACAAACAUGAAGGGGUAUCAGAAAAAUUGUGUUUGGUUGGGACAACUUUCGGAAUAUUCAUAGGUAAAUUGAAUGACUCAGCUAGUUUCCACAAAGUUCAUCAAAUCACAAACGUGAAGAAAAUUACGGUUAUGAACAACGAAGUUGUAUUUUGUAUUGGCGGUGAAUCCUUGUACCGCCUUUCAAUCGAGAAGUUAUUUCACACCUAUAAAUUCAGGCUACCAGCAUCUGAUAUAAACGUUUUUCAAGAGAACAAGAGGUAUAUUAGUGACUUUACAGUGGGCUACCAAAGUUCAGCCAAAGAUAAUGGAUGCCCCUAUUUGUUUGCCUGGAACAGCAAGUUGGUAUAUUACUCAAAAAUUUUGAAGGACACAGACUGGAAGUUCAUUUGGCAAUCGUUUAAAACGCAUUACAACAUUACUCGUUUACAAACUGUUUAUGCCAACAACUUCGCAGUCGGACAUAUAGUCGACGGUUCUGCAGUUUGGAAUCUGUCUAAGCUUUCUGACAUUCGGUCCAUUGGUUUAAAUCAGCUUGAUGUGAAGGAUAUUCUGAAAAGCGAAACUCCUGUUGCAAUAUUCCCUUUUCCGAACCAAGAAAAAAACAUCUCCGAAGUAUUGGUAGUUUUCAGUAAGUUCGCAACAAGAAUGAAAAAUGUCAAAGGCAAAUAUAUUCAGUCCAGUGAUGAAAUAAUAUGGUUUGGAAUGCAAUGUGAUAAUGCUUCUUUUGAUUGCGAAGAGAAGAUCUUGAUCACCGUUGGUAAGCAAGCCGUAGAAAUUAGAGCGCUUUACGAUGACAUAACAAGGAAAAGUGACUUGAUUGGCUGUUUAUUUGGAAGCUCCUUUUCAUUGAUAAAUGAAAUGCCCGGUAAAGCGAUUUUGAAGGUUCAAGACAUCAAAGGACACGACGAGUAUAAAAAACAGAUUAUUUUCAAAAUCAGAAGGUUGAAAAAUCCGGGUAAAAGUAGGUAACCCAAUAAAUAUUAUCAUGUUAUAGAUUAUAGAUUUAUAUGUAAGUAUAUGAAAAGAUUGUAUAUUAGUUCUCAUUUUCUUCAAGUUUCUUCCU